GCUCGGGUGGGAGUUGUGUGUGUAUGUGAAAGAGAGCGCGCGCGCUCCGUUCCUCUCCCCCUUUCUCCUCGCGCUCUCUCUCUCGCGCGCGCUUGCGGGUGAGGGUGCACGCGCAGGCGCGCCCCCGCCGCGGCUCUCCGGCUGGCCACCCUCCUCCAGCUCAGAGCAAGCCGAGGCUGCCCAGAGAAAGGGAGGCGCCUCUCGCCGGUGCUGAUGUUGCAGCGAGGAGCCGCUGCUCUCCUCCUCCUCGUCGUCGUCCUUCUCCGCCCUUUUCGCCGCUCCAGCCUCCUCGGAGUGCUCUCGCCAGUCCCAAUCGCGGAGAUCCGACGCCGCCGUUGCUGCCGCCGCCUCUCCUCCUCCUUCCCGCCUGCCGUGGGGUUCGCCGAAAGCUGGGAUCUGCGAGACAUGGAGCUUGUUUGGAGCACUUUGCUCCGCGCCGGGGCCCUCUGAUCGCCGGGCAGCGGCAACAGCAGCAAUAGGAGCAACAGCAACGUGCUCGCGGGAUCCGACCGCGCUCGCUCUCUUUUUCAGUCCCAGAAAAGCCCCAAAGCCACGGGGGAUCCGGCUCGGUGGCUGGCGAGAGAGGAGGGGGGAGGGAAGGAAGGAAGCGAGAGAAAGGAGGGAGAGAAAGCGGGGCAAAGCCGAUCCCUGGUCGGAGGCUGUGCCGCCUCGCCGCACGAGGGGUGUCCGGAGCAUCGGGAGAUGACUUGUCGCCAGGAUCCGGUCUAAGCAGCCCAGGAGGAGGCGGUAUUCUCCUUUCUCGCCCUCCGUGCUUCCCUCCUCGUUUUUGUGCCAGCUUUGGCCCCCGAUCCCAGAGGAGACGACCGGACUGGGCUGGCCUUGGAGAGCGCAGGGGGCGAUUGGCAAGCGGCUGGGUCGCCAAGGACCGCCCCAGGAAAGGAGAGCUUUGAGGGCGCGAUCUCGGCAAGCAACUUGGGGGGCGUGUGUGGCUUGCUUUCCUCUGGUGGAUAUUGUACUCCCCCUUUAGCCCUUUCCGGGACCCGUAAUUUUAUUUUUUAAAGGGCCGCCCUUUUUUUGGCAGCGGAUCCGAUUGAUGCUACUAGCGUGGGGGGUUCUUCGCUUAUCGAUCCGCACCUUCGGCGUCGCUUCGUCUUUGUUUGAAUCGCCAACCAGGCAACCUAAGGAACUCUCUCCCCGAUGGCCGGGAAACUGCAGAAGGGCUGGUUUGGGGGCUGGUGGACUACCGGAGUUUGCUUAACGGCGCUUUCCUACGUCCCAGGCCUCUGGGCUCAGAUGGUGCUUGUCAACGACACGGUCUCCGGGUACAUUGGGACUGACGUGAACCUGCACUGCACCUUGACCAACCCCAGCCUCGGCAUGAAGAUCACCCAGGUCACCUGGCAGAAGGCCACCAAUGGCUCCAAGCAGAAUGUGGCCAUCUCCAACCCCGUCAUGGGCAUUUCCAUCCUGCCCCCGUACAAGGACCGGAUGGUAUUUCGAAACUCCUCCACCAGGGAUGGGACCAUCCAGCUGUCACGCCUCAAGCUGGAGGAUGAAGGCGUUUACAUCUGCGAGUUUGCAACCUUCCCCGAUGGCAAUCGGGAGAAUCAGCUCAACCUCACUGUGUUGGCCAAACCGACAAACCGGAUGCAGGCCACCACGAGCCUGCUCAUUGCCAAGGCCGGCAUGACGGAGAAGAUUGUGGUCGCCACCUGCACCUCCUCCAAUGGGAAGCCCCCCAGCACCGUGUCCUGGGAAACCAAGCUGAAAGGGGUGGCGGAAUACCAAGAGAUCCGCAACCCCAACGGCACCUUCACCGUGGUCAGCCAGUACCGCCUCUUGCCCAGCCGGGAGGCCCAUCGGCAGCAACUGACAUGCGUGGUCAACUACCAGCUGGACCGCUUCACUGACAGCAUGACCCUCAACGUGCUGUACGAGCCCGAAGUGAGGAUCGAUGGCUUUGAUGGCAACUGGUACCUCAACCGGAAAGAUGUGAAGCUGACAUGUAUCUCUGAUGCCAACCCUCCGGCCACCUCAUACCAGUGGAAGCUGGUCCCAUUGCCUAACGUAGGUAGGAAUAGACUGAACGGAUCGCUUCCCGACAACGUGGAGGUUCAGAACAGCACGUUGUUCUUCAAGGGGCCCGUCACCUACAGCCUGGCAGGGACGUACGUCUGCGAGGCCACCAACACCAUCGGGACGCGGUCUGGCCAGGUGGAAGUUAACGUGACAGAAUUCCCCUACACCCCGUCUCCACCGGGCACAUCCGUGGCGCAGUCGACCAUCCCCACCGCUGUGAUUGGGGGCGUGGUGGGCGGAGUCUCCCUGGUCGUGGUGCUAGCCGUGGUGGUGUUUGUCGUGCUCCGCCACCGGCGCCACACCUUCAAGGGCGACUACAGCACCAAGAAGCACGUCUACGGCAACGGCUACAGCAAAGCCGGCAUCCCACAGCACCACCCGCCCAUGGCGCAGAACCUCCAGUACCCCGACGACUCGGACGACGAGAAGAAGGCCGGCCCGCUUGGGGGCCACAGCUACGAGGACGAGGAGGAGGACGGCGCCGGAGGGGACCGCAAGCUGGGCGGGGGCCCCCCUGGCAAGUACGAAGACGACUCCAAGCGGCCUUACUUCACGGUGGACGAGGGCGAGGCCCGCUCGGAGGCCUACGACGAGAGGACACUCGGUUUCCAGUACGACCCUGAGCAGCUGGACAUAGCCGAUAACAUGGUCUCUCAGAACGACGGGUCUUUUAUUUCCAAAAAGGAGUGGUAUGUUUAGUUCGCUCCGGCCAACCCCCCUUCUCUUGCCUCCUCGCACUCGCCACGCGCUGCCUCCGAGACCCAGGGCCACACCAGCUGUCACGCACAGCCCCUGCGUGCCCUCCUCACGCACGAGCCCAUGCGCACACACACACAACACACAUCGACCUGGGCAGGGUGCGUAGUGUGACAGAGACUCUCUGUUUUUUUGUUUUCUUUUCCUUUAAUGAACUGCUGCUGGUUCAGAGGCAACCAGGACAAGGCGAGGCAGGAGGGGGCUGGUCGUUCGUUUUAUCCAUUUUUGCUUUUGUUGGGGGGGAGAGGGAGGGGCUUGGGAGAGGGGGGAACAUUUCUCCUUCCCUGCCCCCCCCACCCUUAAGUCCUCCACCAGAUCUUUGUUCCCUAAAGUGUUGUUUCUGUGGCUUUGGUGUUAAGAUUCCUUUCCUUUUAAUGACUACUGCCCACCCUUGUAUAGUAUACUGAACCCUCCCCCCCCCCGAAAAAACCCUUCUGUUUGUAGUCUUAAGGUGUCUCUUUGUCAAUAUUUGGGUUUCCCCUCUUGAUGCCCCGCUCCCCCUCAACACAAAAAAAACACUGGAACUUGUAUGUUGUCUUAACGUUGUACGGGGGACGGGGGCCUAAAUCACACACCAAUGAAUUUUUUGGACUGGGAGGGGGGCCACAAAGACAGAAAGCACAAAAAGCUCGGAUGGUCUGGGGCAAAGGCAUCUCCACCCUCAACUGGGCUUGUAUAUCUGUAUCUGUAUAUUCGUUUGAGCUCCUGCUGCCGUUUCCCACAAUGCACUUGUGGUGGGGAGGCGAAAUCCACCAGCCUUGUGUGUGUGUGUGUUUUUUUAGGAAACAUAACGAAUGACUUGAUCAUCAAAAGAACAACCGUGAAAGUACAACAGGAAACUGCAUGAUAUCCAGGAGGGCAAGUGUAGCAAUUUUCCUCCUGUGUUCUCGCUUUGCUUUUUAACGAUUAUUGUUAUUUUCAGUCGGAGGGGUGGAGCGUCCGAGGGCCGUAGCUCAAUGGCAGAGCACUGCUUUGCAUGCAGAAGGUCCCGAGUUCAGAUCGCGAUAACACCUCCCAAAUAGACCCCAGCCUGAAAUCCCAGAGAGCUGCUGCCAAUCAGUGCGGACAGUACUGAACUAGAUGGACAAGCAGUGGUCUGGCUCAGUAUAAGGCAAGCUUCCUAUCUCCCUAAGUUUCCCACGAUGGGCAUGCCUCAUGAGGCUUUUGGUACAUGUUCAGAAAACUAUGUGUGUUAUCAAAAUUUGCUUUUCCCCCCUCCCCCCACACAUAGAUAAACAAGGAAGGGGUACCACAGAGUCAAAUUGGGCCCAACAUAGAGGUUGCCAAUGGGCCAUUCGGCUCUCGUGGCUCUCUCUGCUAACUCCUGCCAACCUCUUGCUCCUGGUUGGCUGUGCAGAGUGAUUCCCUUCCCACAUACUCAGUGUUACUUGAAGGCUACAGGGGACAGGCCACAGCUCAGUGCUGAAAGGUGGGCUUGCAUGCAGGAGGUCCCAGCUUCAAUCCACAAUGGCAUCUCCAGGUAGGGCUGGAAGAGAACCCUGCCUGAAAUCCCAGAGACCCUCUGCCAGUUAGUGGAGACAGUACUGAGGAAGAUGGACUCCACAGGGGAUGCGGGUGGCGCUGUGGUCUAAACCACUGAGCCACUUGGACUUGCCAGUCAGAAGGUCGGCGGUUCGAAUCCCUGCGAUGAGUGAGCUCCCGUUGCUCUGCCCCAGCUCCUGCCAACCUAGCAGUUUGAAAGCACACCAGUGCAAGUAGAUAAAAAGGUACCGCUGUGGCGGAAAAGAAAACAGCGUUUCAGUGCGCUCUGGCUUCUGUCACAGUGUCCUGUUGCUCCAGAAGCAGUUUAGUCCUGCUGGCCACAUGACCUGGAAAGCUGCCUGUGGACAAACCCCGGCUCCCUCGGCCUGAAAGCGAGAUGAGCACCACAACCCCAUAGUCACCUUUGACUGGACUUAACCGUCCAGGGGUCCUUUACCUUUUUUACCUUAGAGGGACUCCAUAUAAGGCAGCUUCCUGAGGCCUGGCUUAGUCAAAGGGCAACGUCCCGCAUUCCCAAGUGUUGCUCUAUGAAGGAGGAAGAAAUCUCCAAGGGCUGGAUCAGGCAAGAUGUUGCCUUCUCCACAGGAUCAGUCCUUGCUUGACCAUGCAUUCACACCCAUCAUUGCUUGCAGGGAAUGGAAGUGGGCGUGUUGAUAGUGUUUCUUUAAAUAUUGGGGACUUGGCAGGCAGCAGCCAUUGCCACGAGGAGGAGGUUAACAUUUUCAGUGGCUGCUCACUGUGUGCAUAGCUUUCAUUCCCAUGGCUCAUUGAUCGCUGGAGGCUUCUCUCAGACUGAGCACAGGGGACUUCUGUCAUGUGACAUCUUUCAGGGUAACGUAGGGACGAAAGACCCCCUCCUUCUGUUGCAUGUCUUGAGGGAAGGCAGAAACAAGACGUGUAUACCGCAGGGGAAAUGGAGUCCAAAAUUUUCUGCAUCCGGGAGGCCGAAAUUCCGCAACCUGAAUAAACGACACAUUUGUUUGCAUUGA